GGCGGCGGCGAGCGGCCACGUUGACAGGGCGGGAGCGGGCCCGCGCCGCGCAGGGCAGGCUGGGCGCUGGCCGGGGCGCGGUGUCGGGCGCGGGUGCCCGGUGCGGGGCCGCCGCCACAGUAACAAUGUCUUCGCCUCCCAAAGAGAAAGCAGAGACGCGGGCCGGACACCCUCCUGCUGUGAAAGCUGGUGGGAUGCGAAUUGUGCAGAAACACCCACACAAUUCUGAUGCCAAAGAAGAAAAAGAUAAGGAUGACCAAGACUGGGAAACCAGCAGCCCACCUAAACCAACGGUGUUCAUCUCUGGUGUCAUUGCUAGGGGUGAUAAGGACUUCCCUCCAGCUGCGGCUCAGGUGGCUCAUCAGAAACCACAUCCUUCUGUGGAAAAGUUUCCUCACCCUCAACAUGUCAAACAGCACAUCCACCAGCCUCGCAAGUGAGCUCUCCAUCAAAAUCACAGCCAAACUGCCAUCAGUGAAUAAUUUUUUGAGAGAAGACAAAAAUCCUUUAGGAUUCACACUGUCAAAUCAGUAAAAUUGACCUCUAAAAUAAUAUACUGUUUCUUAUAUUUUAAUUCUCAAGGGUUAAUAAGAAUGAAGACAUUGUUCAGUUGUUAUCCCAGAUGGAAAAUUCUCUAUUGCUGAUCAGGGGUGGGUUUUUUAGAAGAUUUUCUUUUUGCCAAGAUAAAACUUCAGUGUGAAUAAUAUGAUUAAUGAGCUUAAAACUUGUACUUUUAGUUGUGGCAUUGCAAUAGCGGAUAAUUAAUGUAGUUUUUAUGCUAAGCUGGUAAGGAAGAAUAGCCCUUUUGUACUGGAACCUUUACUAUCUGGAGGGAGUUUGAUGUGUGUGUUGAGACAGAAAUGGGUAGCUGUCUUGUUUACGUAGAACCCUUGCAGUCUUCAGUAUCCUGCAGUGUUACACCCUAAUGACUGUGCCCUCUGAUUUCAACUAGUGAGGUGGUAAAAGGGCCCAAAAACAUUCUCAAGUGGGCAGAAAUCCAGCUGAAUCUUCUUUAUACCCCUUUGCACUCGCACAGUCUUGCUGAGGUUCUUCCAUUUGGAGGUCUGUGUGUAUGAAGAGGGGAGAGAAAUCAGUUACAAGAAAACUGAUUUGUGAUCUCAUGGCUCUCACUGGGGGCUGUAUUUUUGAGGUGAUGAUUUCUCAGUUCCAAUAACAAGCUGAAGGAGCUCAGGACCCUCCAGAAUUGAACUUAAAAUAAACUGGUGAAAAAUCUGUUUGUUUUUUUUUAACUUACAAUUUGAGAUCACAUUUGAAAUUAAGGAGUUACCGUUAGUAUAAGUGUUUCAUUUUAUGACCUAGCCUCUGUUGUGCAUCCCAUUUUUUCCUAGUCUUCUUAUUGUGAAUAAAGACAGUAGUGAUAUGAGGGAAUAAAGAAGAAACUUUUCAAACAGAGCAGUCAGAUUAGUUUUGGCCACAUAAUUAAAUCUUUUGAUUGCACAGUUCAAAAUCACUUAGCUCUAUCAUUUUCCUUCUGCAACUCAUCUCAGUAAAACCCAAGAAAAUAACUUUUUAAACAUUCCACCUGCAUUUUUGAAGUGUGCUUCUGUUUUUAACAGACUCUAAAUAUACAGUACAAUCUCUAGUACCCUCUAUAAAACUUCUAAUAACAUCAAAAAAGUGGGUACAGCUAGUGCUGCAAAUAUUCACCUGGCAAAUCAGAGAAAGUUUGGGGUCACUUGGGGCUUUACUUAUUCAUUUACGUUUAAAAUCAAGUAGUAUUGAAAACCAGCGAGGAGAGUUUAAAAAAUGUUAUUUUAAAAAAAUUCUGCAGACUAAAUAAUUAUUCCUGGAGUAGCUGAUUUAAAACAACAGCAGUAGCACAAUUGUGAAAUAUGGCCCAUUUCGUAAGUGGAAUAACUCACUUCAUGUGGGUGGGAGGGACCUGACAUUUCCAUCUCUUCAUAGUCUUGAAAUGGAAAUGAUGUUUUGCAAAGAGUGUGCAUGGAUAUAUGUAUUCUACACCCAAGGAAGGAUGUACAAUCUGUAUAUGCAGUCCUUAUUACCAUUUUAAUUAGAUAACUGUACUUGCCUUAAGGAAUGAGUGUUGUUUUUAAGAAUUAUUCUGUAUUAGAGUAUGCAUGGUUUUGAAAAUAACGCUUUCUGUUUCUGAUGUUGGCACAUCUGAGGCCUUCUUUGUAGCUGCUCAUGAGUGUGCAAGUGAUUCACACAUGAGCAACUCUUUCAUAAGGGUGGCACUGUUGAGCCUUGUGGAGUAUCUGCAUGAGGUAAUUUGCUGGCAGGAAUGGUUGCAGAUUCAGGACAGAAAGUGGUGGCAUCUCACUGAUGGUGCAACCAGUAGCUGUCAGUGUGCUGCAUCAGCAAUGAAACAAGCAGACGAGUGCAGUUGCUUGGUACUGGUAGCUGCUGGCUGGAUGAGAUUGAGCUCUCAUCGUCUUGUGCCUGCAUCUGAAGUAGUGUCUAGACUCCAGCUAUAGUCAAUGGUGGUGUAGUCAAGACAGUCGGUGAGUUUACAUAUGGUGUCUUUGACCAAAUGGAAGUGUCUUUCAAGAUGAGCUGGAUCACUCUCGACUCCAUUGACUGCAGUGGAAACCUACACAUACCUCAGUGCAGAAGCACACGAUUAGGUGGGGCUAGGUACCUCUGUCUACCCUGUGUCUAGUAAAAGCUGGAAGAAAUGCUUCUGAAAGCAGCACCACAUUUUCAUUCCAAUACCAGAAGUUAGGAACAUGGAUGAUGUUGAAUUACAAAGUACUGCAAUAUAUACAGCAUAUAUAGCAUACCUGAAUUUUGUCUUUGAUUACUUAGAUGGAUAUGUAAGACUGUACAGUGGAGUAUGGCUCUCAAUAUAGCUUUACCGGCUUUUAGAGUGCAGGAAUUCCUACAUGGUUAGAAAAUGUCUCUGUAUGAAAUUGUAUUAUAUAUUGUUGAGAGGUAUCCAUGUUUAUAGGUGUCCUUACCAAAGCAUUGCCUGGCCCAAAAUAAAAAUCGUAACUGGUGGUUUGGAUUGCCUACUGAUGGUUAUUCACCCUUUUAAAAUAUGUUGCAAUAACAUACAAGCACAUGAGAUGUUCAGAUGUUACCUCGAAAUGAUUGCAAAAGAAAUUUUCUGUAAUCGUCAAUGUGGCAAUAAUGCAACAAUAAAGCAUGAAGUUGUA